GUGUCUAUUGAGGACCAAAAUGCAUUCAUUCCACUAAUAAAAAUCUUAAUUUCUCAAAAUAAUCUUGAUUACUUGGCUCCAUUGCAGUUUGAUAAGCCAAUUGGUUAAUUGAGAUAAUUAUUAAAUUUGCUUUAAUGUAAUCUAAAAAUGUUAUGACAUUUUUAGUUUAAGUUUAUUUUAAAAUGAGACAAUCUGAAACUGAAGUAAUCUUAAAUUCAGAGAUUAAAUUUUUAUUUAAAUAUAUCUUUAAAUCUUUCAUCUUUCAGUAUUUAAUUUUAAUCAUUGUUAAUAUCAAAAUUAAUUUCUAUAAAUUUAUAUUAACAUCAUUAUUCUUUAACUGAAGGUGGCAAUUGUAUUUCGUACACCAGCUUAUCAUAACACAGAAAUUAAAAGUGCGGUAAAAGUAUAUCUUCAGUUAUUCAGAAGUAAAGAUGGAGAAUGUAGUGAAGCAAAAGAGUUUCAUUACAAACCAGUUGAUCAUGAUAAAGAUGGUGUAGAACAGAAAAGGAAGAAACCUAAUUUUAAUCCUGGAUUUGGAGGAUUUGGCUAUCAUACUAACCAUUAUGAUCCAGGUUCCUAUCAUACUGGUCCUUCUGAUUUGGGUAAUGGAGGAGAUGAAGGAUUGCAUGGUUUCUUUGGUAAAAGUCCACCAGGAUAUCAGAGGGAAGCGAUUUUUAAAGAAGAAACUUCUGAUAGUUCUGAAUUGAUAGAUGAAAUGCAAAAUCCUGUAGAAUUUAGUCAAGAUAUCAAAAAAAUUUCUAGUCAUCAUGACGAUCCUUUAAAAAAAGACGUUUUAAGGAAAUUAAUCACUAAUUCAAGUAAAGAUUUUGAACUUCUUAAAGAUGAAAUUUUAAAGAAGACUUUUGAAUUACAAACCAUCAUAAACAAAUCAAUGAAAGAAGUAAUGCACUCACAAGAAAAGUCAAAACAUUCUUCAGACUUAUCUGAAAAUGAGAUGUAUCAUUCACUCUCCAUCUUUCAAUCAAAUAUGUCAAAAAUUAUCAAUGAUUUUUCAUCUUACCUGACUGUUAGACUUGGAAGGUUUGGAGUUAAUCCAUUUUCUUCCAUAGAUUCAAAUUUAAUACAGUUAUUAUGUGAAAAAAGAAUUCAAGAAGAAGUUAAACAUAUUUCAAGGAUAUUAGCAAAAGAAGAAGCAGAAAAUUUACAGUAUUUUUCUGCUACUGGUGAUGUAAGAGAAUUGUUAGCAGAUAAGCAUUACUUGUUAGCAGUAGGAAAUGAUGCAGGAGAUACUCCUCUUCACUUAGCCAUAUUGCAUCAACCAGAAAAUAUAAGUAUAAUUCAGAUAUUCCUUGAUAUAAUGUCAGAUAUGUGUAAUCCAAUAAAUCAUCUCAAUAAUCUCCAUCAGACAUGUUUGCAUUUAGCAGUUAGACUUUGUCCAAAAAUUAUACCAUCCCUUUUAAAACAUGGUGCUGAUCCUAAUAUUCAAGACAGAUAUGGAAAUACAUCUGUUCAAUUAGCUAUAGAAACUAACAAUGUAGAAAGUCUUUCACAUCUUCUUUGCUUUAAUAAUUAUUGCAAUUAUGAAAACAACUAUCCAAGAUUAUCUAUAUUAAAUUAUUGUGGUCAAGCAGCUUUACAUCUAGCAAUUACCAAAGGUAAUGAAUCAUGCAUUAGACUUCUUUGUCAAGCAGGAGGUGAUGUAAAUCAACAAGAAGGUACUCGAGGUAGAAGUGCUUUACAUUUGGCAAUUGAAUAUAAUCCUCAAGCAUUGGAUAUUUUGCUAAAACAGGCAAAUAUAGAGUUUGAUCUACAAGAUUAUGCUGGAAACACUGCAUUACAUUUGGCAUGUUCUCGUAAAUUAAAAGAUUCUAUCAUGAAACUAAUUAAAGAAGGAUCUAAUCCAAAUAUACUUAAUUAUGACACUUAUGGUAGCUUUGAAGAGGAUGAUGAUGAUGAAAUGAAUGAUUCAGAUACUGAUGACAAAUGUAGAGAUGAUGAUGAUGAUGAUGAUGAUCUUGGAAAAACUGCUUUUGAUCUCACAGAGGGAGACAAAGAGGUAUAA